AGAACAUGAUGACUCACUUCAAAAUGGAAAAUGACGAAAUAGAGAGAGUAGUUCCAAAAGAUGGGCACGGGGAAUGUACCCAAAACCAGGAAGGUGUGUAGCAGUGGGCAGUGAAAUCAAUGGGAAUUUGAAAUUUAAAAUAAAAAAAAGGGUACAAGAUGCUUUUGAAUUCUGCUCCUGCUCUCUCUGUAAAUUAAGCAUAAACAAACAAAAACCCUCAUCACUUUGUAGAAUUUGAUUUCCAGAUUAUAAUUAUUAUGUCUCUGUUUUACCCUGAAUUUCAGUACACGUUUUCACUGAUACAAGCCGGUGGUAGUGAUUUUCAUUAGUGAUUGAUUACUGAUCAACGCAUUUUCUUCUCAAACAAUUCACAUGUCCAAGAUGAGUUAUUCAAGCGCUUCAAUGGGUUCCGGUAGUAGAACAGCUAGGAGAACUGUGGAAUUCGGAAGAACAUAUGUUGUGAGGCCAAAAGCUAAACACCAAGCAACUAUAGUUUGGUUGCAUGGCCUUGGUGAUAAUGGUUCAAGCUGGUCACAACUCUUGGACAAUCUUCCUCUUCCAAAUAUUAAAUGGAUAUGCCCAACUGCACCUACUCGCCCAGUGACUGUGCUUGGUGGAUUCCCUUGUGCUGCAUGGUUUGAUGAAGGAGAGCUUUCAGAAGAUGGUCCAAAUGACGUUGAAGGGUUAGAUGCUUCAAUAGCUCACAUAGCAAACUUGUUAUCAACUGAGCCCUCAGAUGUAAAACUUGGGAUUGGAGGAUUUAGUAUGGGUGCUGCAUGUGCACUUUACUCUGCAGCUUGUUUUGCUCAAGGGAAAUAUGGAAAUGGAAAUCCUUACCCAAUUAACUUAAAAGCUGUUGUUGGAUUGAGUGGGUGGCUUCCUGGUGCUAGGAAUUUAAGGAACAAAAUUGGAGGAUCAAACGAAGCCGCAAGACGUGCUGCUUCAUUGCCCAUUUUGCUCUGUCAUGGACUCAGUGAUGAAGUAGUUCCGUAUACUUACGGAGAGAGGUCUUCCCAGAUGAUGAGUUCAGCCGGUUUUCGAUAUGUUACAUUCAAAAGCUACCAAGGGCUUGGUCAUUAUACAGUUCCUAAAGAGAUGGAAGAGGUGUGUCAAUGGCUUCACACAAGACUUGGAGCUUGAGAGAUUUAUUUCUUGAUUAUGGAACUGACAUGGGGAGAUUUGGGUAAAAAAUAACCGAAGAAUGACAACAAAAAGAAACAGAUUUUGUAUUGGGAGGAAUAAUGAGUAGAGUGAUAGAGGGGCUUCGGUGGCGAU